AUGGGUUCCGCAAAACAGCCAGUUUCAUUGAUGCCGGGAUUCAAUGUGCCCUUGAAUAAGCUGCCAAAGAAAAAUGUUUUCGACUCCUAUGCAGAAGGUUUUCCCUUGGCCCUGCUGCCUGAAGAGAUGGAAGCCGGAAUGUAUGCGACCACACAACGGGAAAUUGUAAUGAUGCGAUUCAUGAACACGAUCAUGGAAAAGCCCGAAUGGGAUCGAAAGAUCUUCGACACAGAAAUCACAGCGAAAUGGCGCAACGAAAUCGCCCAGAGUGGCCAGGACGUGUCACCUAAAAUGAUUGACUGGAUCGUCAAGGAGGUUGAGUGGAAGGCGAAAAUACUCAAAGAGACAGGAAUUGUCUCAGCAUUUGAUCCUGGUGUUUUCAGAUCUGAUGCAGCAGUUCCUGAAGAAGUCCGACAGGCACUAAAAGACGCCGUGAAACCUCUCGAAGACGUACCAGAGGACCAAAAGGAUUAUCAUCCAGGCUCAGACAACCAAGUCAUCAAUCUUGUGCAUCCGUCUCUCUUCCCGAUCGUGUAUGGUAGGACUCGCGUUCUGGCUGACAAUAUCAUUGACCUCGAUGAUUGUCUCCAUCAUGUAGGGGAGGGUGAGCUGAUUCCAAUUCCCCCGAAGAAAGAUCUCAGUCAUGCAAAUUACGGGUCGCUUGACCCCCACAGUUACAGCGAUUGGCCAGAACUAUAUAGUGGGAAAUUCCAAUGGCUCCCUUGUGAAGUGAAACUGCUAGAUGGUGGUGACUGUCAAAUCGUGUCAUACAUCAACAAUGCACAUCCUGUGCAGCAUAAGGCCUUGUACGAAGUUGUUGAAAAGGUCAUCUCCUGGGCAUUACCCCUUUGGGAGAACAGUUUGUCCGAACUUCCCAACCCCAGAAUCGCUUAUCGCGAGGUUGAGUAUGCUGAGCAUCCAGAACCCGAGCCAGAAGGAUUAUCAGAUGAUGAGGAUUUUGACCAGAAUGAGUUCGAUGAUGCUUAUACGAAGUGGCUAGAAACCCAACCUAUCAUUCUUCCUGAACCAGGCGAGUUCGUGCCUCCGACAGAGGCUGGCAACCUGAACAUACAACGUCAUUUUCCGGAGACGAAUUUGCAAGUUAUCGUAAAGCUGGCAAACAUUGAAUUGACUCCUGAGAAGCCAAACUAUAAUGGCGGCUCUUGGCACAUCGAGGGACAGUUGAACGAACGUAUCUGCGCUACCGCGCUCUACUACUACGACAAUGAAAACAUCAACGAAAACACUCUGGACUUUCGUAAACGUGCAACGAUUGAUGAAGAACUCUCAUACGAACAAGGCCGCCACGAAUUUUUACAGGCUGUUUUUGGAUUCGGAGACGACGUGGGUAGCUAUGGGGGCGACAACACCACCCAGCAUAUUGGAGGCGUACUAUGCAAAGAAGGACGACUCCUCACUUUCCCUAAUACUAUUCAACACCGUGUGUCCUCAUUCUCACUCACCGAUCCGUCCAAGCCGGGCCAUAGAAAGAUUCUGGCACUCUUUCUGGUGGAUCCUCACCAUCGAGUCAUUUCCUCUGCCAAUGAGUGGGCCCAAGAAAAACAAGGCCUCGUGGACCAGGUCUUAUCACGACUACCAGCAGAGCUGCAGAGUAUGGUCGAGAAGGGUCUGGAUCCUUUGAUGACUAUGGAAGAAGCCAAGAAGCUCAGGCUAGAACUUAUGGAGGAGCGUGGACGCGACUCCGCGGCAGCCAAUAUCGAAUUCGAAAGGGGAGAUUUCUCCCUUUGUGAGCAUUGA